AUGCAGCUUGACUCGACCCCUUCGAUAUCUCCACCAGCUGCUGAUCGGUCGACAAGGGAAGCUGAACUCAAUGUUCCUGGUGACCAGAACGAGCAGACGAAUCCUCUAGAAUCAAUUUCAGAACCACAAAAUCUCUUCACCGGAAGAGAUUUUAUAUCUGGCAGUGGUGAUCAAAACACGCAGAUCAACUUUUCGGCGUUUAAUCUAGAGCGUGCCUCUCUAACAGAAGAUGGAACGGCGAUAAAUUGUUCUCAGAACGACAAUUCUCCACCCAAACGCGCACAUGAAGCAUGGAAACUCACUCUUGCAAUUGGGGCAUUGGCAACAACUGUGAUAUUGAUUGGCAAUAUCGUGUUUCUCGUCAUUAUAUGUGUAAAGUAUCCGACUCAAAGCCCAAGUGUAGCAGUUUACAGAGGUGAUUGCGCGACUGCAGGGCAUUUAAACACCAUGGCCGAUGUGAUUCUCAAUGCCCUGAGCACGGUCCUGCUCGCUUCCAGUAACUUCGCCAUGCAAUGCUUGAAUUCCCCAACGAGAAGCGAAGUGGACUUGGCUCAUGCAAAACAACACUGGCUUAGAAUUGGUGCUCCGAGUAUUCGGAAUCUGCGCUUCAUCUCGAAGCGCAAAGCAUUUUUAUGGCUUCUCCUUGGAGCAAGCUCAUUUCCGCUCCAUAUGAUUUGGAACUCCGUUAUCCUUGAUAGUGAUGAAGUCAGAAGGUUUCUUGCUGUUACGGUCACGGAAAGCUUUAGCAAAGGGGGAUAUUGGAGCAUGCCUCCUGUAUCCAGACCUCUCAGAUACAAUGAGUCGCUCUUAUUCUCGUUGUAUCAUGAUAUGAUUGCAGACUUGCAGCAACAGGCUCAGAAGAACCAACUUGGGUCCAUCGAUUCUCCGUCAUGUUUGCGUGAAAUUACUUCUAGCGUUGCUACCUUACAUGGAAGCGUCCUCCUCCUUGUCGAUGCAUCCACUUAUUCGCCUAUUGAGUCUAACUCCCCAACGAACUCCUCAGUUCUGGCUGUGUAUCACUUGCAACCUGGGAUGCCAACCAGUCAUAAAGAGGGCCUUGAUUGGUAUCCUCAGUAUCCAGACUUUGGCCACCCAGGCGGUGCGCCCAUCAUUUCCUGUCAAGGGAGGCUCGUUUCAGAAACUUGCACACUUGAUAUUAUGCCAGCCUUCUUAGGGGUUGUUAUUGUUUGCAACGCUCUCAAGUUGGUAUCUUUGUUAUUGAUACCGUACGUCAUGGGUAAGGAUCCUCCACUGUGCACAACUGGCGACUUCAUACAAUCAUUCCUCCAAAGACCGGACAUAUACACGCAAGACCGGUGUUUAGCAACAAAACGAGGAUUUGAGAAUCGUGUUCCUUUCAGGUCCAAGAGUUGGUCGUAUCGCCAAUUCGAUCGAGAUAUCUGGAAUGCUCGAGUUUCACAUUGGAUUGAGGCUGUCAAUCUCUGGCACUGGGUGAUGCACACUUCCCUCCUGGUCAUUUUCUUGGCUAUCAUCGGAGUCUUUGCCUCCGGUGGUGUUCCUCUAAGGUAUCAAUAUAACGGACCAACUGAUUUUGUUGCGAUGUUUCGAGGCUCAAAUAAUAUCUUCCCUGCCCUACUUUUGGGCAACGUGCCCCAAGUGGUUAUUUCAUAUUUUUCUCUCGCGGUUUACAACGCUAUCACAACCAUGCUGACCAUGUCUGAGUGGUGCGAAUAUUCUGUGGCAUCUCCAACGCCCGCUAAGGGCCUCCGAGUCUCAUACCCUCAUCCUGGCACAGUGCAACGCAAACCCUACUUUUUUUCAAUCCCAUUGAAAUGGAUACUUCCCUUCAUCGCUGCUAUGACCGUUAUUCACUGGGCAAUGUCCCUCGUUCUUCCGAUUUCACACACCACGCAUCAUUCAAUUGGCUCGGAGUUGAAGAUAGUCAGCCCUUUGGUCCAGACGGAUGUUUUGGUAGCUUUUCGGUGGCUGAUGAUAAGCAUGUCUAUCGCCGCAGGUGUUAUUGUCGUUGUUUUUUCGCUCGCUGUUUUCAUGACUUUUCCUAGUGGUAUGCCUUUGGCGGGCUGUUGUACUGCUAGCAUUGCGGCUGCUUGUCAGCCCACCAGGCGACAGGGCAGUGACCUAGCUGCACAAAGGGAGUUUGCUCCGGGGUUAGAAUAUCAAAAGCUCAAAUGGGGCGUAGUGGUGGAUCCUGCUGAGACACAUGAUGGAGUUGGACAUGCAACCUUUACCGAUGGGCCUACAGUGCCACUGGAGAAGGGAAAAAUAUACAGAUAA